AUGUCAGACGAAGAGCCCCCAAGCUACGCAGAAAGCUUCGCACAGUACUCAACCAUCAUCGCCGUAGUCCAGCGCUUCAAGUACGUGUACAUCGACAAUCAGCAACAAUGCCACCUCGGACCACAAAUCGACCAAGACAACACCAUAGCACUCCUCUCGACCACAACAAGCUACGCCAAAUUCUUAAUCCAUCAAUUCGAAGCCUACGUUCACGGCUCCGCCUGGAGUGAAGAAGAGGUGAAUGACAUGUCACUCCCCUUCAUUGCGACGCUUCGCAUCACUCAGUGCGAGGAUGGGCUGAUUACGGACGUCAAGGUGGAUAAUUACAACUGGCUUGCUGUUCGGAGAGCGCUGAUCCAUGGGAUGGGCCCUAACACGCGCGUGAAUGUCUUCAUUGGUAUGUCAGCGCUGAUCUCAGAGCCAAUAUCAAGGGUCUUGACGUGCGACUCGAAUUUUACUGAUGGCUUCUCGCUCGAUAGGAGUUGCUCCUAG